CUAGCAAGUGCUUCAAUCCAACGGAGCCGAUCCAACCCCUUUCUUGACCUAUGCCACUACAAAAGCGCCAUGAAAUCUAUGUAUCAGCUCUUCUUGUAGUAUUUUGGAAUGUACUCAUACUGUACAGUAUCAUAUCCCAAUCAGCCAUUCCAGCAGGCGUGUGCUGAUGAGUGGAGUCGAGUCGAGUCAGUCACCUGUUGGCAUCCGGUACCAGUACCGGUACAAGUACAAAUGUUUCUUUCACAGCUAAACUGGUUUAUGGAGUGUGCACCGAACACUAUUGUCGCAGGCACGGACGGGUUCUCUAUGACGUUGGCUUUCUGCAAAUAGAAAUCCCUCUGGUGCUGAGUUGUCCGGCUCUCUCUGGGGGAAAGUGGAGAAGACUCCACAUGAAUGUACGUGUCGGUGUUGUGACCUGCUGCCCAAGGCCUCGCUACAGAAAACAGCACACUGGCAAAACCCGCCCUCUCAGAACAGUACUCUCAGCCUUGCGCCACGACAAGUGGAGCGAAACAAAAAGCAUUCUCUUCCAUCCAGCAGGCAGCCAAAGACUCAAUAGUGGCCAGCCAAAAGAUAGAUUGAUCCUUGCCAAUACGAUAGCGCAUGAUCAUUCGUAUGUAUUGAAGAGCAGAGCCGCAGUGGACUGAUAGAUUUGUAUCGUAGUGGUAUCAGGCACACCAGCCCAAUAGCAGUCAGUUGGAAGAAACAAAGCGGAGCAUUGCAACGAAAUUCUCAUCUACCCCAAGGCUAACUUCUGUACAGAAGCGGGCAUUUGUGCAUCCAAGCAAGACAAGGCUUGCCAAGCUCCUCUUUUCUUCUUCUCCGGUAAUGCAUCUGGUACCCAAUUACAGCGAAAUCGUUGAGUACAAGAGAAGAAAAUCAGUGGGUGCAUUGGAAAGAUCGAAUCAGAAUCUUAUUCGCAGCUAUACAGAGCAGAAUCCUCUUCCGAGGAAACACCAAGUGUGUAGUGCUGUGCACACCCACAACUGUAUCUACAGCAGUGGAGGGCCAGCAUUGCGACGUCGUGGAAGGUUACGGCAUAUAGACAGGCAUCGCCCAGUCCUCACACAAGAAGGUCUCUAGCAAGGGAUCCAUCUUCCACCAAACACUACUAGCUAGCUAGCUACAAGGGUCAAGGAAUUGAGAAUCAAGAAGUCUUGCCGUUGCGGCACCUGUACAGCCAUCCUCAAGAUAUAGAGAAAGAAGACAAGCGUGUUGGAUCACUGCCAUAGAGCCGCCAACCCAAGCAAUCCCAAAAGAGCACCAAUAGAAAGAAUACACCACCCACUUCCACAAACAACACCAAGAAUACAAGCGAAGAUGUCGGUCCCAUCACCUUACAAUCCUCGGGGCGCUAUGGUCAGCACAGAUCCUCGGGAAGAUUGCCGAGAUUAUCUACGCACUGGAAGAUGUAAGUACGGUGCAUCGUGUAAAUAUAAUCACCCCUCAAACGUGCAGAGUGGAGGUGGAAUGAAAGCUCCUGUGGAUCCAAGUGAGCCCAUGUUCCCCGUUCGGCCCAAUGAACCCGUCUGUCAAUACUACAUGAAGCACGGAACUUGCAAAUUUGGUCAAGCUUGCAAAUUCCAUCACCCGCCACAUUCCUCGGUCACCGCUGCUCUCGUCGGUGGUGGAGCCGUCGUGGUCAACAUGGGACGAAAAAAUGAUGUUCCGCACAUGGUCAUGAAUCCUAUUGGAGACGCGGGGGGCAGCAACGGAACAACAAUGAUGCUUCAGUUCCUACCCCAGCGUCCAGAUGAACAGGACUGCAUCUUCUUCUUGAAGAAUGGUCGCUGCAAGUACGGAGCUACCUGUCGCUACCAUCAUCCCAUCAGCUUCAAUCAGAGAAGGGACGAUGGACGCAGACAGCGGGUACAAGUGCAGCAAGUGCCCGAGGGGUUCUUACCACAUGCUGCGAACGUACAGUUUAUCAGCCAAGCAGGUGCGUCGCUCGUGAACUACCAGCAGGGGCCCUCUUCGUCCUCCAAUCCAAGUCACAUGGUAGUCACCGAUGGUCCGGUCGCUUACAUGACCGUCGAUGGGUCUCAGGGCAAGGGUUCUUAUCAAGCUGUCCCCGUGGUUACCAACAACGAUGGAUACUGCGCUCCCGUGGGGGCUCCCAUUUCGCACAAUCAAGACCACACGUCUUCGACCUCCUCGAUUGCAUCGUCCUAUGACACGGCCAACUCCAAUCUGGACCAUUUGGUAGCUCACAACGAUGCACAGUCCAGUGGCCUUUGGAACCGUCAGAAAAACAAUGGCAGUCAUGCAAGUUUGAAUGCCUAUGACACGGGCAACAGUCGCCAGCAGUUGGGAGGACGACUUGCCAUGCCGCAAAGCACAAGUGAUGGGAACAUUGCUAGACGUCACCGCGCUGCUUCGCACGGAAGCGCCAGUGACAGCGGUGUAUUCGUGGACUCGGCUACAGCGUCGAACCUCGCAAGAACCACUUCGGCUGGCGCCAAGCCUACAGGGAACUCGGCAUCGGGAUGGCACACGGAACGCUCUCCUUCGUUUGAGAACGUGAGGCGCGGUGUUUCGAAUCAGUACAUGCCGAGAGGCGACUUGCCACCUGGAUCUCAAGAAGCGUCUAUGCGUCGACCCGGUCCUUCGCAGCCGCCAGGAGGACACGGCCGAAGGCCACCGGGUGGUGGACGUCGCCGUUCCAGUGAAGCUGUGGAUGCUGGCCUUUCCAUGAUGACAUCUGCCCUUUUGACGAUGCUUGACACACCUGAAGAAGCUGCCGAGGGCUACGAAUACUACGAAGAUAUUGACGAACAAGGGGGCCCGCCAAUGGGCGAAUCGAGAAUGCCCAUGAUGGCCAAUCAUGGUCAACAUAUGCCCGCGCCUAGACCGCACGAAGGCAGCAGAAUGCAUGACAACCGCACAUAUCGCAUGCCAGAAGCAGAUCGCCGAUACGAUGGCGACAUGUUUGGAGGCAUGAUGGUGAAUUCUCCUGGAUCCGACAGUCAAUAUCAUGAUCAUCGAAAUAUACAUCCUGGCGAUGGUUCGUCGAACUGGUUGCCGAGUUGGCAAGGAACCAAAUCUUUAGAAGGCGACGCGCAGUCUAUGUCGGUGAUUCAACCACGCCACGCCCCGAACUCACCCCACAGCACAAACGUCGGGCUCUUCCUUCCCUAGAAAAGAAUACAUAUCAAGACUCGCUCUGUCUGAAGGAGGACUGCCUACCGGUACUCCAUUGUUACGCUAACCCAUUUGAAUGUUGAGAUGCCUUAGAAAAAGAGAAACCAGCUACAAGUAUGUUGUGACGGGGGGAUCACGAGGGGGUGCAGUUACCGAUAUCCUGUUGCUAGAUCGGGCACGGAUUGUUUUUGAAUGACUAUGAAAUCCUGCCACACAAGGAAAGAGGCGCUGUAUUUUAGUAGGUCGCGAUGAGACGAUAGAUGUGUGAGCUACCAAUGUUAUGGAAGCCACGCUCUAUGCCGUUUCAAUCUGUAUAUUACACAGUUAUAGUUGGAUAUCUUUUGCUGGUCUAGCUAGUAGUCUCUGGCUUCGUCUACCGUAUUAAAAUAAACGGGCAAAACUUGAAAAGCAGG